AUGCUUUUCCUCCCAGCUGCUGCUCUGUGCUGUCUGUGUCCAGCGCUGGUUGCCAUGGCAGCACAGCUGAUUCAGGAUGAUUUAACAUUGACCAGGAGAGCUGGUCAAACAGUCUCCUUCAGCUGUGGAGGAACUGACCAGUGUGGCGAUAAAUACCCAAAUGUAUUCUGGUUACAGAAGAAAGACAAAGAAACAUUCAAAUUAAUUCUUCGUAUUGACAGGACGAAUGGUAAAUUAUAUAAACGUUACAAUCACCCUCAGGAAGAUGAUUUCUCAGCUGUAAACAAACAGAACGGCUGUGAGUUGCGGAUCCAGACAGUUCAACUCUCGCAUUCAGCCACCUACUACUGCUGGUGUGAGAUAAAAGAGUGGUACUUCAUCUUUGGCUCUGGCACUAAACUGUUUGUAGAUGAGCAGGUAGUGAAGCCCGUGGUGAGCGUGUACCCAGCAGCAUCCAGAGCCCACCUGGAGGGGAAGAGCUCCCUGCUGUGUCUGGCCUCAGCCAUGUCUCCUCCUUUGGUCCAGUUCUCCUGGAAAAGACAGAAGAAGAACGGCUCACUGGAGGUUCUGACCCCUGCUGAGUUUGAGCAGCUGGAGCUCAGAGAGCCGGGACGCAGCGCCUCCAUCCUGCUGCUCCAUCAGCAAGAGAACAGCGCAUAUAUAUACCGCUGCUACGUCAAGCACGAGGGGGGCACAGUGGAGGCCCAAACAGAGUUUUCUACUUUUAUUCUACCAAAACCAACUCCACCAGCUCAACCAGCUCAACCAGCUCAACCAGUUCCUGUCCCGUCUCAGUACCAGGUGCUGCUGCUCUGUGUGCUGUACACAGUGCUGAUAGUGAAGAGUCUGGUGUACUGCUGUGGACUCUCUCUGCUGAUGAUCCUCAGAAACAAGGGACCGUCCACCAACUGCACACAUGCUGACUGACUAACUGUCCUCCAGCUUUAACUUCUCACUGACAACUGUUAAAUCCUGAAGAUAAAGUCGACAGCUGAUCCUGAAGAAUCUGAGGAGCUCAUUAGCUUUUUCUUUCAAAUCAGUGACAAUGAAUUCAACCUGUUAACAAGUAUUGACUGUAUAGACACAACCUGCUGACCAAAAGAAAUGUAAAACUAGAAAAGACAUUGUUGAGUUUGGGUGUCAUAAACCAUCAUCAUGAACAUGAUUUCGCAUAUUUUCAUGUUGUUGUUUUUAUCCUGAUGUUGCACUUUGGUUUUUACUAUACUGUUUGAAGUUUUCUGUUGUUGAUGUUUUUAUUAUUUGAUGUAAUGAUAUCUUUUUUUAUUCAAACUAUCACUCAAACUGACAUAAAUGUCUUCUUGGGAUAUUUUGUUAAGAUUUCUUGUUGUUUUGAAACUUUAUCUGAU